CGGUGUCGUUAGUCGAUAGUCGUGACAACAAUAUAGGUGUUUUUACAAGUCUUCUUCAGUUAUAAAUAUAUUCUUCGUUUGUCCUUAGCUAAAACAUCAGACCUGAAAAUGCCUCAUAAACACAAAAAGGCUAAAUUGGAUUUAGGCGCCAAGCAAUCGCAAUCUGCUCCAGAUAGUGAAGUUAAAACCACUCCAGAGCUUCAAGAGGUCACUGAGACACAAAUCCGAAUCCCACACGAUGAGGGCCUCCCAGUCCAGGCUAUUUUUAGAAGGUUGCAUGUUAGUGGAUUCAAAGGUAUAUCGAGUGAAAAAGAAAUUCGGCAGAUUUUUCGUCCAUUUGGCCAUAUUGAAACAAUUGAUCUGCUGUUCAAUCGAUUUGCCUACGUUCAGUUUGAACUCGUUGAUGCCGCGCAACUGGCUAUGAAACAGUUGAAUGGCAUAGUGGCUGAAGUAGGAAAACUAGCGGUGCAGUGGGCACACAAUGAUGUACAUUUAGAGCCAGCUCUUAAUCGGAUGAUCCAAGCAUCGAAGCAGUGGAAUGGUAUUUACAUCGCCUCAGUGGAUCCUGAUAAAACAGAAGCAGAUUUACGAAGUGUUUUUGUUGCAUUUGGCACGAUUAGAUUCUGUCAGUUAUAUCGGGGUUCCAAUCCAGAGAAUGUCGAGGGAUACGCUUUCGUAGAAUAUAAUUCCAGCAACUCAGCGCAUGAUGCCAUCGCCGCAAUGAACAAUGCAAUAUUUGGAAAAUUCAACCUGCGAAUCGGUCAUGCCAUAACCCGUCCAUAUGCACCUAAGGUAAAAAUAUAUUUUUAGGGAACAACAUUCACCUAAGGCAUACAUGCUAUUUGGGUUUCGUCUUCUGAGAUGCCAGUACUGUUUCAUGCGGCAUUGGCAGAUGAUGCCAUGGCGGCAGCUGAGGGGCUUGACCUGUCACCAAUAGAAAUUCUUUCACAAAAUGCUGUUCGUAAAAAUUUCCCUGAACUUAAAACCAGGUACCAAACAUUCUGUCGCUGUGGCUCGAGGAUCAGCGGCUGUUGUUUCCGUUAAGUUACCUGUAAAGAGAAGAAGGCUUCGCACUCGGGAGGGACAUUUCCUGUUUUUUAAGAAUAUGUCGAUUGAAAUGACGAAGCCGACAUAGCAUGCAUAACAUGCAAGCAUCGAAAUAUUACGAUACUGGUAAAACGUGACUGCAACGCACUUAGCCAUUCUACGUUUCUAGCGAUUUAUUGGAAAUUUCAAGUCUCCAGUCAGUCAUUCAGUAAUAUGAUCUAUAGAACAUGAGGCAUUGACAAAGCAGAGGACAAUUGAUGUGGCCGGGAACGAUAAUCAAUCUGUUUGGUGCAGCAAGGCAUUUUCAUCGUAAAGGGUUGUGUCACCUCGUCAUCAUUACUAUGACGAUGCACGGAACUUUACUGUAUUAUGAACAACCUCGUCGUUUUCACCGUUGCUAAGGACUCGAGUACGAUUUGCAAACACCGUUGGAUGAAGCCAGGAAAAGGUUUAAUGAUAGUUUUAGGAUGGCCCUCUAGCGGCAAGCCACCUGCGAUGUCUUCUACUAAGCCGAGAGCUAUUCCUGCUUCUAUUGUAAGGAAAGUAAAAACAAUGAAAAUGGUUG